AUGUCAAUUAACUGUUGUCACACUCGGGAUCACUCCGGUGUUAUCUUAUUUUUCGGCGAAAGGUUUUUAGUCCCGUUCAACUGACCUGUUUUUUAGACUUCUGGUUAACUAUGAUGGAUGUGAAUUAAAAUUGAGUGGAAAGGGAUCCCAGCCGAAAGGGAACUACAACGGCACCGCGUUUCUAACUUCCCAUAGAGUAUGAACCAUAUAUGCCCUCUCAGGUUUAGGUACUCUUCCUCCCAAAAAAAGUGGACAACCAGUUACUCUCACUUAGCAUGCCUUUUGUCUACAUGAAAGAGGUGGACAUCAAACAGCCGGCGUUCGGAGCCAAUCGUAUCGAGGGCUUCGUGUUACCUGAAUCCAGUGGUUGGGAGGUGAUUCCAUUGUUAUUUCUUUGACAGUCAAGAGUUAAAUGUUACUACGGAAUAUUCUGUUUUCUUACAAUUCGUCUCAACUAUUUACUGUUGCACUUUUCGUCGAAAGGGACGGUUACCAUUUUCGUUAACCUUCAAACAUGGUGGAGCAAUUGAAUUUGGCAAAGCACUUCUCGAACUGGGAACACGCGCUAGUAGACUUCGCAGUUCCUACGUACCUCCACCGCCGCCACCAGCGACAGAAUACUACAGCUGCCCACCUCCUGCGUACGCCCCACCCUACGGCGAUCCGUACUACAGUUUCAUGACUCAACACCCUGCCUUUGGUCCACCAAUUCGUAAGUUUUAUGGUUUUGUUUUCUUUCGUCGCUCUUUUUCGGUUCAUCCCUCUGGACUAGUUUACGAAUUAGCUUUUGGUUUGCAUUUAUAGUUGUUGAGACAUCUGACAAAUUAUUUGUCGAACAAGUUUUUCUGGUGGACUUUUUCGUGCGCUUUGUAGUCUACUAGCACCACGCUUCGAUGCUACGUCUUCCUGGCCCGGCAAUUCCCUACACGACGUUUCACUCAAGUAGUGGAUAUUACUGCGAACAGCCUUAACACAAGCUGGUUGAUGUCAUUUGAUAUCGGCUUUAGAACUUGUCUAGUUCUCUUCGUCAACAAUUCUUUCAUUUCCUGGAAUUUGCCACAAGAUGCGGACUUAAAGCUGGGUUUAUUUAAGUGGUGCGAAGUGAGCCUGGUUUUUGCGGCUUAGUCACGUUUUGUCAAUAGAUAAUACCUCAUCCAACUAGCAGCAUACAAAUAAUAACGAGAAAGUUUAAACAGACAUACAAACUUGGAAGCUGGUGCACUCGAAGCAUUUCUGUCCGUUACUCAGCCAUCUCCGGAACUAUUUUGCACGUUCGUAGGGCUAUUUUUGUCACAACUCGGGCGCCCACUUGUCGAUCCCAUUUCAUGCUUCUUUAUGUCAAUACAUUCUUAACACAUGACGCAUUGAACAAUGAGCAGUAAAGAUUCCGCAUCUAACUGGUAUCCUUGAUUGAUUAUUCAAUGUCGGUGACCUUUUCUGCUCCACAUCAAAUACCGAUUUUUCUUUAUCACACGACACUCAGUUACUAAUCCUGUUUCGAAAAAUGCCAUUUUUACAUGUGUGCGUCGGUCAUAAUUCGGCUUAGAUUUCAUGAAAACUCAGCAGGUUUCUAAUAUUAGUCUCUCAGCUGACUGGGCAGAAUGCUCAAAUUACAAACUGGGAACAUUCGUUUUUCGAAGUUCUAUUCUCAUUGAAAGCCUGCCGAUUCAAUUGCGUAGUUGAGUUUGCGUCUGAAAAACUACGUGUCCCAGUUAGCUUCUUUCGACUCGGAUAUUUUUUCCAGGGGAUGUUAGUCGUCCACUGCCUUUUUCGCCUUUGUUAUUCUACUUUCUGCUGAUAUGAUCCUUCCCUUUGGGCAGGCUGCCAUUCAGCGUUCCACUGAGAUCCACAGGUCAUGUCGACACCCUUAGCGCAUCCUGUUAAAUUCAAGCACGUCGAAUUUGUUAUAGAAAGGACUGCUCUGAUUUUACGUGAGGGUGAGUUCGCCAGUGUCGGCCUAACGCCCUCUUUCCUCCACACGCAUCAGUGGCUUGUUCGAGUCAAGCUGACUGGGAGGGGAUUCUGUGGCUGACAAAGCCGAACAACCCCUCUACGCGUGCCACACGCGACCUGCGACGGACUGCGUAAAAUAGCAUGCAUUCCAUGUAAACAGUUGUGGUGGCGACGGCGACGGUAGUUGUGGUGGUUGUGUUCACCAGAUGGUAUUGGUUGAUAAAUGAUCACCGUCUUCUUCGUGUUGAUGGCCAGCCCGAAGUUGGAACAGCCGAAGGCAAAGAUAUAUGCACUCCGUUGCACGCCCUCCUUCCUUGUGAUGCUUUGUGCACAGUAAUCCGCAAACAAGCAACCAUUGACACCAGCUUUGGAAACUCCUAUAUGACUUCAUGUAUCGGAUGUUCAGCAGUUGUACAUACUGUAGACGUGCUAUCUCGCGAAAUAUUUACCGAGAUUCUGAAACGUAUUUCCAAUUCGGGAAGAUUAGUUAGGUAGGGUUGUCUUAAUUCUCGUGUCGCACAAUGCUAAAAUAUUCCAGUUACGCUGAGAUACUGGCUUUCAAACGAGCUUUCCACCGGCCGCUUGCGUAACCUAUAUUCCACAAAAAUGACUACUUGAGUAGUGUAAACUUUUCCCAUUGAUUUUCACUGCCCUUAUAAAUUCAGACAUAUUUGCGUAUUUGGUAACAAGUUUUGUCUUCUUCAAAUACUAUCAUCAAGCUUUAGAAAACUUUCUCGAUUCUUGAGCAGCCUCGAUACCGAUAUCCUGUUACACUUGCAUUCAGGACUUUCAAAUUACAAACUUCAUACCUUCCGUGUAAAGAAAGUCAUAUUUUUCUAUGCGAUAUUUAUAAGAGGUUAUAUAGGGCUCAUAGAAAUUCGUAAUCUCUACGGACCAUGCUGAUGCGAUGCUGUAUGGCUGGACAUUUCACGGUCCCAAAAAUCUCAUAAUUAGAAACUUUUUAAAAUAAAAAAUAUGCUCCUUAAGCAUGAGAUUUGAAGAACACGUAACCUGCUACCAAAUAAGUAGAAGAAAGUGUAUUUCGUGCGUAUUUUUUCAUAUAAUAUGUUUAAAUUCAUAAGGGCAUUUACUCAAGUAGUCAUUUUUGCGAAAUAUAGGUUACGCAAGUGGCCGAUAAGAAGGUCGUUCGAAAGCCGGCAUCCCAGCGUAAUGGGAAUAUUUUACCAUUGUGCGACUCGAGAAUCAACUCGACCUAGGUAAUCUUGUCCAUGAGCUGCGGGCCGUCAUUCGCCAAUCCGACUGGUCUUGCGUCGUAGUCUGGUGCUUUGUCUUUGGGCAUCUCUACCACUACCUUGAUUAUCUCUCAAAGGAUAGGCGGACGAUGGAAGUCGGCAUUAGUGUCUACCUAAGGGAGUUGGCCGAUAGCUUCGUCGCAGAUUGCGGGUAAGUCUUAAGGACAACUUUGAGGUGCUCGAUCCAGCGCUCCAAGUUACUGCAUCUUGGCUGAGCGGUUGGACAGCCUCUUGGACCUAGAGGACUGUAGACUGCGUUGAUUGUCGCGAAGAGAUCCUUUGUCACACCGGACUUUGCGUUUUUUCGAUUUUCUCCAGCUCUGCAAUUCAGUCAAUCUUUUUGCAUCGCCCUCAAUUUCUGAUCCGUUAGUGACGUCGGUCUCUUCGUUAGUACAGAUCGUACGCAGACUGUUGUUCUCAGAGAGCAGGCGUCGAAUUUCGUCGUCAUUGUCAAACCAGUCAUUGCGCUGUUGAUGUUGACUCAAGACUUCCGGUGUUGUGGUUUUUAGGACUUUCCGCAUUUCUCUGCACCGAGUUUCAACGGUAGUCUUUUCCUUCAGAAAUUGCACUUACUCCAACUUGCGAUUCGUUCGAUAGUUAAAAUUCGGUAGUCUUUCAGUCAUACUCAAUAAUGCAGCAUUUAACUUACCUGGUAUUUGCUUUCUUUGUGAACACUUGCGAGGUUACAGCUGCAGCUUUAUCUUGGAGUCGAAAAGGCAGCGACCUGCAGUGCAAUCUAUACCACACAAACAGACACACGACAGUUCGACCGUCGUUACCGAAAAUGUCCACUAUGUGCUCCACAGCAAGGUGAGAACAGGGACGGUGAAUUGCGUGAAUUAGUUUACAGUGUUUAUAGACUUGCACAGCAUCUAACGCACUCUCUCCUCUCCCACCUGGAUCCGGUGUCAAGGCAGAGUCAAGAAGACGGGGGGCGAGAGAGCGCGCAGGUGGAUAGCACGGUCGAGCCCACACCUUGGCGCUUUACUCCACACCCCUUGCUCUACAUAACAAAUAGCCAGCUUUUUGACCAACAAUGGGGCGGCAGGGGUCCCAGUGUGUGUGACGUCUUCCGGCAGUCGGGUCUGCCACCACACCCCGAAAUGUCGGCAUUUUUUAUGGUGUGCAAAUCCAGUGAUGCUUUCUAGAAUCCGAUAUGGCCCCCGUGUUGGUCCAGAUCUGCCAUGUGACCCGUUUGGGGGUAAAAACACACACAACAGUUCGAUCAUCGUUUCCGACGAUGUCCACCAUAUGCUCCACAGCAGGGUGAGAGCAGGGACAUUAACUCGCACGUGGAUUAGUUUAUAGUGAUAGUAGACUUGUACAGCAUCUACCGCACUCUCUCCUCCCCCAACUGGACCCGUUGUCAAGACAGAGUCAGGAAGGCCGGAGGCGGUGGAACGCAUGUGGAUGGCACGGUCAAGCCUGCAUCUUGACGCUCUACUCCGCACCUCGUGAUUCACAGAACAAAUGACCUGCAUUUUAGCCAACAGCAAAAGAAACUGGCACCACACACUGCUGUUGUCACCAGAACAUCGCGCCCUUCACCCCUCCUGACGAGCACGUAGUUCAACAGUUGCACCUGAGAGUGCGUCUGCAUCCAAGUUGUCUUCUCUCUGAUUGUAAGGCGGAGUAUUUUGGUCAGGAGUGGACUAUAUUCCGUGCAGGUCGCAGUCUGCUUGUUGACGGCGUGCUUUGCCAACAUUUUGGGAGCAUUUUCCGGUCCUUUUCUCCCCGAUAAUCUAAAAAGUGACUCCCGGGAUAGGGCUACUAAGCCAUCUCAGAUGGCCGUCGCACUCCACUGUGAGUCAUGACUUAUUUGAUAGUUUGACCGUCGCAUCCGACGAUGCCCACCGUGUGCUCCGCAGCAAGAUUAAUCAGGCACGGUGACCUGCGCGUGAAUUAGUUUACAGUGAGAGUUGACUUGCGCAGCAUCUACCGCAGUUCCCCUCUCGCCUGGGCCCGUUGUCGAGACAAUGAAGAAGACCGGAGGCAGGAAGGGCGCGGGUGGAUGGCGCAGCCGAACCCGCACCUUAGCUCUCCACUCCACGCUCCCUGGUCCACAACGAACGCUUGGCCAGGAUUUUUACCAAUUACAACAACAACAACAGAAAGGACGUGAGUGACUGGACAGCCAUGCAUGCCAAUUGUAUACCCAGUGGAAGUGCAGGCAUAUAUUUCGCCAUAGAAUCAGGUGCCAGAAAGCAACCAGUGCACACCAGGCUGCGAGGGCCAUGGUUAGCUGAUCCUGGCAUAGCAGACGCUCAAACUUUGGGGUGACUUGUUCACAGUAAGAAGACUAACCGAGUUAGACUAGGUCGCAUUUUACCUUCAUGCUAGGACUUUUGUCUUGGGGUUAAGUGGAGUAUGUGGAUUAGUUCGGACAAUCGGCUGUGGUGACACACACAUCGGACACCACCUUGUUUAGCCCACCGGUCAAGGGCGGUUAUCGGUGUGUGGCUGCCAUGCCGAGCACGGCUUCGUGAGGCCAUAUACAACAGUUGGGUGCCUGGGUGGGGUGAAGUAGGCGUACCCAUCAGGUCCGUCGAUGCGUCUUAUGGGACAUUGCUUUCAGGCGGUCGUGCUUGCCCAGACAUCACCGAUGUUGCCUCUUCGUGUGUGUCAUUCCUCAGUAGUGUAUCUCCGGCAGGGUUCAUGCGCCGGGGUAUUGCUGUGGGUCGGAUAUUUAGCCGCAUAAGCGAGCCGAAAAGGACCGUAUAUUCGCAACGAUAGUCUGCUGAAGGAGCGUUGGGAGCGGUGCCGUGUGUCAGUGUGGCAAAGGUUUCGGAGACGACCAGACAGAAGUCCUUUGCAUUGUUUGGAUUUUGGAGGCAUCAUCAUCACAUUUUCUCACAGCUCGAAUCUUAUCAAUAAUGUGUUUUUUGUUAGUUAUCACUAUCAUUGCUAGUUUCGCGCCGCGCAUUUCUCAGGAGGCCGGCACUCGAGUGGUCAAAGGUUUUGGGACAAGUCCGUAGGCAAUUUGAUUCUGUGUGAUCACCAUUUAAGGCACCUCACUCACUGUUGCCACCUGUGCCAGAUGAUGGCGAUAGUAACGAUGGAGCGAUUCGAUGCGGCGAAAUAGCCAGUUUUAUCAUAACUGCUUCCCAGUGCUUAAUGACCAAGGACUCACCUCACAGAUCCAUCUUACUUCAUCGUCCUUGCAUCCCAUCCCUCCUAUACGACAAGAAUAGGUGCAACAAUAGUUAUCAAUUCCCCGCACGCACUGUGCAGUUCUUGUGUCCAUUGGGGUCGGCUUGCGUACCUACCAUUCGACCUACUGUUUGAGAUCCAGACGCAUUGGCUGCCGCUGACGCCCUGCAUAGAUUGAAAUUCGUGAUUUGGGAACUGGCCUGACGGGAGUUGAGACUCUAGUUCUCAACUUAGUCAUGAAGAUUCAACAAACAAGACAGCGAUAAAAGAGGAGCCGUUAUAUUGGUUUUCCAUGCUCGACCUCAGCGCUCCAUAUAAUGCUACAACUGCCUGGCCUGUAAGUGGUUGUCCGUCAGAUGCAAGUCUUUUUUCCCAGCUAGGCUUCUCUGAGUGUAACCCAAUCAUUCAAACGUGUUCCUAUGGUUCCUGUGUACUUCCAGACUUCGGCCAAGUGUCGCCCUCCCAUGAAUCUCAUUUUUGGCACUAGUUUGCCCAUGUUCACUACCUUAAGUACGGUUCAGCGUUGACAAGCAAUGGUGUUUGAUGUACCGGGGAUACCUCAGAAGCUUAGAUUUUGCUAAUAGGUUGUGUUGAUUGACAGAGUGGCGGCUCAUAUCAAGUCAGUUUGGUGCAUACCUUUUCGUAGUCCCGUUCUUUCAUAUAGAUUGGGGCUAAUUGUGUAGUUUCCGUAGGGUUUUUCUUCAAUAUUGUUUUGCCGAGCAUGUUGCCGUAAACCUAUUUCAAACUGACGUUUUGGUUAAUGACAUCCAAGCCAAUAUGUAGUCACUAUUUUGUCCCUUUUCCUCUGAUUCAGCUGAUACCCUUUACCAGAGUAACUGUUGGCCGCCUUACCCCGGAGCCGUACCCCCCACUUACACACCUGAGUGGCCAGCCGGGGCGAACUCACAGCCUCCACCUUACCCGCCUCAGUCAGGUGCAUACGCACCGCAGCCUGGCGCUUAUCCGCCCCAGCCGGCGGGUGCUUACGCGGGACCACCGACGGGUGUACCCUAUCCACAAAACGGACCACCGGCGAGUGCCCCUUAUCCACCAACCGGACCACCGCCGCCCUAUACGGAGAAUGGAGGUUAGAGAUGUUUUGAUUGCCACCUGUCCUGCUUUUACUGGCGGGUUGACGGUCUUCUUCACUGUUUAAGAGUUCUUACAUACGAACUUUUCAUCAUCCAUCUUCAAUUCUCUGUUGACUAGAUUUGAUUAAUUUUUUCGGGCCCCCUUUCCGUCUCAUAAGUCAUUGAACUUCCACUUUGUCGUGGGGUACUGACCUGUCUUUAACUCAUCGUUAACUCUUUUCGCCAUGCAAGAACCACACGUCUCAUACAACUCAGAAAGCACACGCCUCGGGACAUACAGACUUGUAAUUGCCUCUGGUCCAAUUUCGGCGUGUUUUUGAACUUGCUGUUCAUUUUUUCGAGACCCAUAGUUUUGAGUGGGCUCUACCCUCGGAAUGUUGCUGCUUACUAAUUGCGUGCUGUCGUAUCCCUAUGUUAGUAACAUUGUCGCGCCACUUGGCUCGUGCAACAAUAACAAAAAGCCAUCCGCACACUUGCGGAGACUAGAAAUUCUUCUUGUUUUCAGCUGUCAGCCACAACUCCUAAUGACUACUUCGCUAUUGGAAGAAGAUAUCUCAUAUCUCAUAUCUCUGUGUUUUAUGGAUUCGUUUGCGCUUUCGAUCGUUAUGUGGUAAUAUUUUUUAGUCCGAAGGUAGAUUCAUGAACAAGUAGAGCUCAAAGUAGCUUCUACAUGGCUCGAACAAUAAAGUCACUGUAGAUUUUUCCUCCGACCAUUUCCUGACAGAUAAAGACUAGCUUUACAGUCCUGUCGAUCUAUCAGUUUUUACAAGAAAUCUACGGUGGCCACGAAUCUACCCAAUUUGCUCACGUGUCUAUGGUGGCUUAAUAGACUUUUCUAACACGGCUUCGUCAUCUCGUUCGAUGGUAGGCAUGUAAACAGUUAGUAAAGCACGUGGGCCAUAACUCAACCUCACAUAGGUAUUUCUUAACUCGCCGCAAGAUUGUGUAGGCGUAAAUUAACCAUUGAUGUCAGCGCCUCCUUGUACGAUACCUUUGAGUUAGGCCCAUUCAGCACCGAACGUCACUUGCUAAUUUUAGGUUUGAGUGAGAGAGUUGACAAAAUUAGCGUUUCUGUUCUUUCCACCUGCCACGUCGAUCUAUGCUGUUUGUCGCCCCAUCUCAAAAGUGGAUUAUUAUGUUCUGCCGUUGUUCGAUCCUUUCACGUUAUCUUAUUUCUUCUUCGUCACCGCAGUAAGUGAGGGUUACUACUUCCAACAGUACCCGCACACAGUCUAUGCACCGCCUGCCUCAACGGCACCGGCCCCCUCGGCACCCCCGCUGCAAGAGGAAACGAAGAAGAAUAUAUAA